AGCUUAAGCAUGAAAUCUGGGGUUCAGGGGUGGACAAGUAGUAGCUGAAAAUAAUUUUCUGGAAACAUCUGCAUUGGCCAGCAGAGUUCAUGGGCUCCUUCAAGAAGCCUGGAGGUUUUGCAGUUUCUCCCUGAGUGGUGAGGCAGGAGGCCAUUGGUCUGUGUUGGUGGCAGCACCAAAGCUGUGCUGAUGUGAUGUGUGCAGUGAGGCUCACUGGGACUGUGGAUGUUUCUGCUGCUGCUGCUGAAGCUCUCUGUCCUGCUGUUUCUGUUCACCCAGUUCCCAGACUAUUUUGUCCAUAUUUUUUUUUUUUCUAAUGGAGCAUCUCUAGCUCUUCCUUUCCCCCAGGCCUUUGCUAUUUUUGGCAGGAAUGCCUUGCUGUUACUGCAAACCAGCUCUCACACACAUUGGUAUUUGCCUUGGUUGGGAGCUUAAUGACCAACCCCUGUGUGAGAUGAGCACAUGGCAGAAAGCCCAGCUGGGGCCCCUUACCUGAGCUGAUGUCAUUCCCAACAGAGGCACCCCCAGCCUCCCAAAAGUAGUCCAUCUCCCCUGGAUGUCUUUUCCUGUAGGGAAUCUCUGAAGGGUGAUCUCUGCUGGGAAGGUACCAUCAGCUGUUUUGUUGGGAUGAGGGAACAGAGAAAGUGCUGGAGGACUCCCUCCUUCCACACCAGGGUGGUGGCAGUAGCAAGAAGGUUUUGCAGAGGUGGGAGAAGGCAGCGUCUCCUCCAGUUGAGACGCUCAGGGGACUGACAUGGUAGGGGAAUAGCCUGAGCUGUGGGUGCUCCUGUCUUCCUCUCUGAACUCCUGCUGGGAGAAGAAAGCUCUGGCUCCUUCAGCACUGGACUGCAGGUGCCAGGGAGCCUCCUUCACUGUUUUGCAGCGGAGCUGAAAGGAGCUUUUUUGGGAUCCACCAGCCAGUCACUCCUCCCUCUCUGCUCCACAUUGAGCAGGCCAGGAGGUUUCUGGAUCUUAAGGAGAGCGGAGUUCACCCUGCACCUCCUUCAUGCAUUCCAGGACACAAAAUCAAAGUCUCUGUUGUGCCUCUCCUGGUAAGGACUAGGGCAGGAAAUUGCUGAAGAAGUGUGAUAUAAACAGCCUGACACAAGCUCACUGAAUCCUCCUGGGGAGAGGCAGAGGAGAGCUGAAACCUGAGGCUCAGCAGCAGCCAAACAAGUCCCAUCCAGUGGAGACAAAGCAGCUUUAUGGCAGUCUGAUGCUGGGGAGAGCAGAGAGGUUGUGCUAUUCCAUUCCUUGGUUUUCUGUGCAGACAGCCCUGGGGGAGCAUUGCUGUGUAAUCCAGAGUGUGAGCAGCAUCUCAGCUACCUCAGCACAGGACAGUGGUCCAAGCAAACCCCUCUGUCCCCCAGCCAGUCCCAGGAGGAGCUAGUCUGUGCUUCAACCCAACCAACAACAACGUGUCAACUAAAAUUUCAAAUAACUUCCUAUUUAUUUAUUUAUUGCCUCAAAGCUCCUUCAAAGUAUUAAUUGAAAAUCCAAAUAAAUUUUUUUUUUGGCAAUUAAGAGCCAAGGUACGACACAGAAAAUAACAGGCUCUUUAAGCUUUGAAAAAUGUUCCUGUCUUCCCUGCUUGCUUUUGUUUUCAAUGCAACCACUUGGAAAGGCUAUUGCAAGAAGAAAUUUCCUGCAGAAUCUUCCACUUGGACACAGAGAACAGCCUUCUCUUUUCAAAUCAAGCAACAGGUUAUGAUCCAAUCUGGGAUCUGCAGCUUGCAGAGCCCGUGGCCCAGCCCCAGGAAUACUCAACCCUUGGCAGAGAUGGCAGUGACACCUGCCCCAAGGAAAAUCCAAACUGGGGAGCUGAGAUGAUGCCCCAGGUGAUGAUGAAUGUCCUUUGGAUACACAGGACAGUAGAGUCCUGCUUUUCAGGUUUGAGGCACAAGCUUUGCAUUUCCUGAUCUUAGCCCAGGUGCUGGCCAGCAGUGGAUGUUCCCUUCCUUGGGCAGCACCUCUCCAAAAAAGUGUCCCUCCCCAAGAAGCUCAGGAGCAUGACACAAGGCAUAGCAGCCUUGCCUGCUCACCGGAGGAGAAAUUCUGCAAGAAUGUGAGGAGAAAACGAACAAAAAAAUACAAUCAAGCAAAGCCCAGAUCCCACACACCCUUCCCACCAUCCUGCCCAGGGCAUGGUGUCAGUUCUGUCUGCAUUCUCAGAGGAGAAAGCCAGCUGGAGGCACAUCAGCCUGAAAAAUUAGACUCUGUAAAUCCAUUUCUUUGGCCAUGGGCAGUGCCUGAUCAUCACCAAAACAAAGCAGGUGAAAGGGAACACAGGAAAGUGCAGCUGCCUUUACAGAGAAGGGCAGCUGCAGCUGUUCUGCUCCAAAACCUUGGAGCCACUCUCUAAGGUGAGUCUUUCACUCCUUUAAAAAGUUAAAACAGAUGACAAACUGGAGGAGGAGUUCACAGCCUCAUGGAAUCCAUUGGCUGAAGUAAGGAUCCUGAAGGCUGCACUCACAGUGGAGGUGAGGGGGCUAUAAAUGGACAAGGGAGCCAGUCCUUCCUCCCCCAGGGAUGAGCCAAGUGCCUGAUGGGCUCAAGCAGGGAAAACAUCAACAUUAAUAGUUAAAGUUUGCUAUUGUGGGAUCCCUGAAAGCUUGUAGGGAACAGAAAGAUGAAGCCUCUGGUGUAGAGAUACUCCCUUUAAAUACAGAGUAUAUCCACUGUUUAUGUUGUUAGAAGUUUGGGGUGUAUAAUCGCUAUGCUUUUUUAUAUACAUAGAAAUUUAGUACUUAGUAUAGAAACAUCCAAACCCAGAAAUCUCAGUUGCCAGCUCACUCACCCCCAUCCUGACCACUUAACAGCACUCACAGCAACUCCAAAGCUAACUCGAAUGCUGAUUGUCACACACCCAGGGAGCAAUGAGAACACAAACUAACACUUAGAAAUCUCCUGUUACUUCCUAGGAAUUAUCUGGUGCUAUUUAUAAAAUAUCCAUGGGCCUUCUAGAAAUUUCAGUGGACUUUCUGUGGAUUUUCAGUAGGCUUUUUAGGAACUCAGACUAGACUCUAGGAAUUUUCCAUCACUCUGAAAAUUUCUCUGUGCUUUCCCGGUAUAUCCUUGUUCUUUCUAGGAAUUACAGAGAGAUUUGUAGGGCUUGUGGGCUGGAACUCCAGGGUCCUUUCUGAACAGUUUGAUGUGCUUCCCAGAAAUUCCAGCUCAGGAAUUCCACUUUAGAAGACUUAAAGGAACAAAGAUGGUGCUGCGCUGUCUGGCUGUGGGAGAUGCAGAAGAAUGGGUCUUUUUGGCGGAAAACAAGACUGCAGGAAGCGGGGCCGAGGCUCUGGGCAGGAGCUAACUGAUCAUACAAUGUUGUUUUACAGCGUGGAGCUAACAUUUGCGGGGAACUUAAUGAUAAUGGGAAGAACUUCAUUAGCGCUGUUAAUUGAAAAAGGGACAAAAAAACUCGCUUUAUCAGCGAUGAGAAGUAGCAGCAGCCCCUAGCAAUGGGUGAUGUUUUAGCGUAUGAAGCUGAGUUACUUGGACUAGUGAAAGAGUAUUUGGAUUUUGCUGGAUUUCAAGAAACAGUAAAAGUACUUAAAAAGGAAUGUAAAACAAAAGGGAAGCCACUAUCUAAACCAGCAGAUGUUUCCUCAGAAGAGUCAUUGCCUGUUCAGGAAGAGAUGCUUUCAGCAUUUGAGGAUGGUGAUCAGAAAGUUUUCUUCCAGCUCUGGGAGGAGCAUAUUUUGUCUUCAGUCCAUGACACUGAUCCAGUUGCUCAGAACCUGGAGUUCUAUCUCCACAUCUACUUUGCCAUCUUCCUCUUGAAACAAGCAAUGGGAAAGCCAGACAAAUCUGAACUUGAGGAAAGGAUUUCUUAUUUCAAGGCAUACCUGGAAACAAAAGGAGCUGCACUGAGCCAGACUGCAGAGUUUCUUCCCUUCUAUGCUUUGCCUUUUGUUCCAAACCCCAUGGUACAUCCUUCAUUUAAAGAACUUUUCCAGGAUUCUUGGACAUCGGAUUUAAGGACAAGAUUGGAAAAGUUCCUGUCUCUGACUCUUAAAGCCAGACAGACUCCUCGGCUUCUCACUAUAUUUAAGGAGAGUGGACAGUGCAACAAAGAAAUGAUGCAACAUCUUCAUCAACAGUUAGUGAAGUGUGAGCACAGGUAUAUGACCAACCUGAAACAAUUUUACGAAUUGCAGAUGAGCCACCAUAAUCUCCUUGGAGUCACUGCAGAGCUGGUGGAUUCUUUGGAGGCCACAAUCACUGGCAAGAUGAUUACACCAGAGUAUCUUCAAGGUGUUUAUGCUUGCUUAUUUAGCAAUCAUUUGAGACAAGCUGUAGCACACAACAUUGACUUCACAAGGCCUGGAACUGGAUAUUACUCUAUGAGCCCUUGUGAUGACGGAUAUGCUUCCACAUUGUUAAGAGCAUCUUUAGCCUCCAUGAAGGUCCAGGAUGUGCCAUUGUUGCCCUCUUUGGAUUAUGAGAAGCUGAAGAAAGAUUUGAUUACAGGGAGUGAUCGUCUCAAGGCCCUCUUGCUGCAGGCUCUGCGCUGGCGCUUGACAACAUCAUAUCCUGGAGAACAAAGAGACACUAUCAUGCAAGCCUACAUCAGUAAUGACCUCCUAGAUUGCCACAGCAACUGUCAGAGAAGUGUCCUCCAAUUAUUAUAUUCUAAGAGUGAGGUAGUCAGACAGUAUAUGGCAAGGCUCAUCAAUGCUUUUGCUUCACUGACAGAAGGUCGUGCCUACCUUUCUCAGAACCCAACAUUGCUGCAAAUGCUGGAGGACAGACUGAAAGCUGAAGACAAGGAUUCCCUUACAUGGGAGAAUGUUCUGGGUGCUCUGCAGAAAUUCAGCCUCAGGCGUACACUGCAGUCGGCAAUGAUCAAAGAUGGGCUCAUUUUCUGGCUGGUUGAUGUUCUAAUAGACCCAGAUUGUCUGUCUGAUUACAACCUGGAGUACUGUGCUGCCUUGCUCAUGAAUCUUUGUCUGCGGAGUGCAGGGAAGAAAAUAUGUGCAAGUAUCCCAAAUCACAUGCUCAGAGUUCUUUCUAGUCUUCUUGACCAUGAGAAUCCUAAGGUCCAGUCAUAUGUGAAUGGAGCACUGUACAGUAUUCUGGCCAUCCCUUCUGUCCGAGAAGAAGCCAAAGAAAUGGGAAUGGAAGAAAUUCUGCGCUGCUUUAUCAAGGAAAGAAAUGAAGAGAUGGUUCGACAGAUUGAAUUUGUUAUCAAGCAACUCAAUUCAGAAGAGCCAUUCAAUGAUAAUAUUGUGUCUGAUGAUGAUGAUGACAAAGAGGAAUAUGAGGAAGAGGACAGUAACAUCCUGGAGCCUGAUCUGGACAAAGAUGAAGUUUUGUUGCCUCAGCUGGGGGAGCUUGCAGGAGAGAAGCUACUGACAACCGAGUACUUGGGAAUAAUGACUCACACUCCAAAAACUAAGAAGAAGCAAUUUCCUGGUGUCCAUCAGAGUACAGGUGUGCCUCUCCAGAGACCUGUGACACCAGGUUAUCACAGAGCUGCAUGUCUAAUGCCAGAAAACAAUUCAUGUCACAGUAGGCAUGAGAAGCUGCAGUCUCCACCGAGUGGUCCUUCUUCCAUUUGUGGUGGGAGCCAGUCCAGCAUUUCUGACUUCUGCAUUUCCCCCUCGUCAGUUGAAAUGAAGUCAUCUGAAGUAUUUGCAUCAGGCCAUAGAAUGGACCAACACAUCCCAGCUGGUGAUACCUUGUCUUCUCGAUCUGCUGACUUCACUGAGGACAAAGUAAAUGCUCCAUCACAUAGGGAGUUUGCUUUAGCCUUCACCAGCAAACCCAAGAUCCCUCGCACUCCUGACGGGCAGAGCACCAGCCCUAGAAAGGGAAAGGUCCCAGCCAUUGCCCCCCAGUUCUCCCAGUCUGGACCCCAACAAACAAGCCAUCCAAGAUCAUCAGCAUCAUCCACAAGGAGUAGACAGAGCAACUCUGCAUGGACGUGCUGAAGCUGUUUGCAGUGUACCAAGUUCUGUCUAAGGCACACUGGAGCUAGGGCAGUACAAAAAUCUCUACCAGAGGAAUGGGGAAUGAUUUUUGUCCAGAGUGCAACUGGGCCCUGGUGAUGCCCUUUCAGUUCUUUAAAUAUCCCCCGAAAAGGGGUUGCCAGAAAUACAUUCUGCAGUUUUAAAUGGCAGCAUCAUGAGUUAAAGUGCCUUUCUGCAUGUUUUUUGUGAUGUUUGUGUCCCUGUACAAGUUGAACAAGUGUUGCCCUCAGGCAGCUUCUGUCUUGUAAUAAAUCCUGCUUUCAGCUGACAGACUCUUUCUUGAUGUUUUUCUGCAGGCAGCCAGUCCUACAGGAAGUGAGAACAGUUCCUUUCCUCGAGAAUCACCUGUCACAUUGUCGAAGGACAGAGCCAGCUUCCUGUAAUGAGCUUUACUGGUGACCUACAGAGGAGAGUGAGGUUGUUGACACUGCAGGCCUUGCACAGGGAUUCAGGAUUAUCUGAUGGGAUGUGUCUGUGGUCUCUAGAGCUGGCUAAGACAAGGGCCUUGUUAUUAGAAUUUGAGGUCUCAGCAGCAGCCCAGGACUGACAUGGGAGAUGGAUAUUCUCUGAUAGUUUACUCCAAAGUGACAUUGAGAAGAAACUCUUGAGGAGAAACUCUUGCCUUCUGUGUCAGAGGAAAUGGCCUUUGGAAACAGAAUGUAGGCUCAGCCCAGGAGUCUUACCAAGCAACUGUAUUCUUGACUUAUUUCUUGCUGAAGCAGCCUGCCAAUUGCUUUUUGUAAAACUUUGCCUGUCUGACCAGACUGGGAGGUAUCUGUGUUCAAAGGUUCUGCGUGAAGAGGGGCAGUGUUUGCCACACAUGCAGAGCCUUCCUGCCCAGAGCAGUCCUGUGUGGGGCAAGAUCUGCAUGGCCUCCAGACCCUGAAGAGGAAAAUACCUAUUUUAUCAAUUUGUGGUUGACCUGUAGCAGAUGAAAAAUGCUGUUACAGUGCCCAGUGCAUGCUCACCUCUGAGGUCUUUCUUGGCAGCAAUUGCUCCUAUUCCUUCUUUUUGCAUUUUUUUUUUUUUUAUAAUUUUACUGUUUAACAUUUGUGGAAUGAAAAAUCUAUUUUUUUCCUCUGGAAUGAGGAGCUUUUGCUUCUUCAUUCAUAGAAGAAACCAUGAGAAUGUGAACAGAUCAGAAGCAACUUUCUCUUUACAUGUAACUGCUCCAUCUUCUUUAGUCUUUGUUACUUUUUUUUAUGUUCUUCACUUCAGAGCAAUGACUGUUUAUGUCUUUAUGGAAUUUGUGUUGGUCUUUGGUGCAUAUGAAGUGCUGGCUAGACAAGAGAGAUCAGGAAUCCUUCCACUAAAUAAAAAAGCAUCAUUCAUUCUGCCAGUGGAUUACUAAGCUAAUGCUGUUUGUUAUUCUUUCUCUCAAUGGUAACAGUGACCAGGAAACACCAAAGUCUUCACUGGGGGUUGGCUUUUCAGCAACACCCCCUCAUGUGACAGCUGUUAGGACACAUAAAUGCAUUUACAUUGGAACUUGGCUGCUGCUGAGGCAGUGAUGUACAAAAAGCAGACAGUGUAUUUGCCAUAGUCAGAGUUCAGUGUAUUUGCCAUAGUCAGAGUUCAGAAACAAAUGUCCUAAUGAGUAUGAAAACGGAGAAGAUAAGGCUUUGUUUUUGGAGUUUCACCUUGAGAAGCAAACAAUUGAAACACAACCUGAAAGGUGAAGCAGCUGCUAUAGUGACACUGCCUUCCCCUAAAGAAAAGAGUUGUAAAGCCAUUUCCACAGAGCCAGAAGAAAGCUUUUUGCUUCUGA